AAGAUCUUAAAAAGAUGGUUACAAGUCAAGGAGACUAUUUAAUUACGGAGCUUGAUAUACCAUACGAAGAAGAGCUUCUCCGUAAUCCCUAUUCACUUCGCCCUUGGUUACAAUAUAUUGAGCAUAAACGCUUGGGUGGAUUCAAUGAAUUAUGUUUUGUUUUUGAACGUGCUCUUAAGGAAUUACCGGGAUCUUAUAAAUUAUGGAAACAAUAUUUAGAUAUACGACGCGAUAGAUUAAAGGGGCUUAAUGCAGUUAGACAUCAACAACUUUAUCAAAAUGUCAUUGUUUUAUAUGAACGUGCUCUUGUUCUAUUAAAUAAGAUGCCUCGUAUUUGGCUUGAUUAUCUUUCAUUGCUAACUACUUUACCCAUGAUUACAAGAACAAGACGCGCAUUCGAUAAUGCCCUACGUGCUUUACCUGUUAGUCAGCAUAAGCGUGUUUGGGAACUUUAUUUACAAUUUGCAAAAGCUGCAGGAGGUGAAACAUCUAUUCAUAUUCAAAGACGUUACUUGAAGUUAGAGCCUGGCUAUAUAGAGAAUUAUAUUGAUAGUUUGAUAAAACUUGAACAUUAUGAUGAAGCAGCUGUCAAAUUGGUAUCGAUCAUGAACGAUAAAAAUUUCAAAUCUCAACGUGGUAAAUCACAUUAUCAGUUAUGGCAAGAAUUAUGUGAAUUAGUCGUGGAUCAUUGCGAAAAGAUUGAAAGCAUUCAAGUGGAGUCCAUCAUUCGAAGUGGCAUUAAACGAUUUACAGAUCAAGUGGGUAUUCUUUAUUCCCGUUUAGCCAUGUAUUGGAUUAAAAUGGGACAAUUAGAGAAGGCACGAGAUAUAUUUGAGGAAGGUAUUACGACAGUGAUGACAGUAAGAGAUUUUACAGUUAUCUUUGAUGCUUAUGCUGAAUUUGAAGAAGAAAUGAUUACAACUAAAAUGGAAAUGGCCAAAGAAAGAGAAGAAGCAGGAGAAAAAGAUGAAGAAGAAGAUCUCGAUCUUGAUCUUCGUUUAUUAAGAUUUGAACGUCUUAUGGAUCGUCGUCCAUUUUUAGUAAAUGAUGUUCUUCUAAGACAGAAUCCUAAUAACGUGAUGGAAUGGUUGCAAAGAGUCACUCUUUGGACUGGUAAUAAAGAAAAGAUUGUUGAGACAUAUACACAAGCAGUUCAAACAAUUAAUCCUAAAAAGGCUCAUGGUAAAUUUCAUGAAUUAUGGACACGAUUUGCGAAAUUUUAUGAAGACGGAGGUGAUAUAGAAUCAGCACGAGCUAUUUUCGAGAAAGCAGUAAAAGUAAAUUAUAAAACUGUCAAUGAUUUAGCUGAAGUGUGGUGUGAAUAUGCAGAAAUGGAGACUAGACAUGAUGAUUUCGAUGUAGCUAUUGAAGUGAUGGCACGUGCAACACAGAUCCCUAAAUCCCUUACAAUGAAUCCACGACUUGUUAAUUUCCAUGAUGAAUCUAUCCCUGUACAGCUUCGUGUCUUUAAAAGUCUUCGACUUUGGAGUUUCUAUAUUGAUCUUGAAGAAAGUGUAGGUACAAUUGAAAGUGCAAAGAAGGUCUAUGAUCAAGUGAUGGAUCUUCGUAUUGCAAAUCCUCAAACAAUUGUGAAUUAUGCAACAUUUUUAGAAGAAAAUCAAUAUUUCGAAGAAGCUUUCAAGGUAUAUGAGCGUGGUAUUGAAUUGUUUGGCUGGCCAAUUGCAUUUGAGUUAUGGAAUAUCUAUCUUGAAAAGUUCUUGAAACGAUAUGGUGGCACUAAACUAGAGAGAGCAAGAGAUUUAUUUGAACAAGCAUUAGAAGGUUGCCCACCUAAAUAUUCUAAAUCUAUAUUUUUAAUGUAUGGUAAACUUGAAGAAGAACAUGGUUUAGCACGUCAUGCAAUGCGUAUCUAUGAUCGAGCUACAAAGGCUGUUGCAGAUGAAGAUCGUAUGGAAAUGUUUGAAUAUUAUAUUGCAAAGGCAACAGAAUCAUUUGGUAUUAUGGCAUCUCGAGAGAUUUACGAGAGAGCGAUUGAAGCUCUACCAGAUAAAGAUGUACGUGUAAUGUGUCUAAGAUAUGCUGAACUUGAAAGAAAAUUAGGAGAAAUUGACCGUGCACGUGGCAUUUAUGGUUAUGCAUCACAGUUAUUCGAUCCGAGAAAACAACCUGGAUUCUGGAGAACAUGGCAUGACUUUGAAGUUCAACAUGGAAAUGAGGAUACAUUUAAAGAGAUGUUACGUAUUAAACGUAGUGUACAAGCAACUUAUCCAAGUGUUUAAAUUUAACACUCUAUUUUUUUAUUAUUAUGUUAAUAAAAAUGAUAAUUUAUAUUUGUUAUUAUUAUUAUUAUUGUGGCUUGUCGAUGUUGAUGUUGAGGCUGAAGUUGUUGUUACUGCCGAUGUUAAUUUCUUAUUUUCCUCUAUUGAAGAUUGUUUACAAAGCUUUGUCCAUAUUAAACCACAUGCAUUACACAGUGUGCGAGGUCCUAAAGGUCCCUUACGCCAUUCUGGUGUUUCAGUGCUACAAUUAUUAUUUAUGAAUAAGUUUACAUGAAUAAAGACAUGUAUUUACCUUUGACAUGAAUGACAUUUAUU